AUGGCGUCCCGUACUCCCCUCCGCCCCGGAGCUUACGCUCCUACCAUGACCUUUUUCAACCCUGACACUGAAGAGCUUGACACUCCUACCAUCCGUCGUCAUGCUGUCCGUCUUGCCAAGGCGGCCUGGUCGCGCAAGACCGUCAUUCGCGAGACACGAUCUGCGCUUGUGGAGGCUGGCUUCUCCAACGUACCUGUCAUCACUGGAGCCAGCGAGCAGAGCAUCCGUGGCACAAUUGAUCUGUGCAAAGAAUCCGCUGAAGCAGGUGCGGAAUAUGCUCUCAUCGUGCCCCCAAGCUACUAUCGCUAUGCUGUUGGCAACGACGAGACCCUGUAUGAGUACUUCACUGCAGUGGCAGAUGGCUCCCCUCUGCCGUUGAUCCUUUAUAAUUACCCCGGUGCUGUGUCCGGGAUCGACAUGGACUCGGACCUGAUCAUCCGCAUCUCGCAACACCCUAACAUCGUGGGUACUAAGUUCACCUGCGCCAACACAGGCAAAUUGACCCGUGUCGCUACCGCCCUCAAUGCCAUCGCCCCUGAAUCGCCUCUGGCUCCCAAACACAAGAACGUCUCGACCAAGAAAGUCGAGAACCAUCCUUAUGUGGCCUUUGGUGGCAUUGCAGACUUUACUCUGCAGACCUUGACCUCUGGUGGUUCCGCUAUUCUGGCCGGUGGUGCCAAUGUGCUUCCCCGUUUGUGUGUACAGAUUUUCAACCUUUGGAGCGCUGGUCGCUUUACAGAGGCUAUGGAAGCCCAGCAGCUUCUGAGUUCUGCCGAUUGGGUACUCACUAAGACUGCCAUCCCGGGUACCAAGGGUGCCAUUCAGUCGUAUUAUGGCUACGGAGGCUAUCCUCGCCGGCCCUUGGGACGGCUGAGCGAGGCUAAGACGCAAGAGGUAGCUGAUAAAAUCAAAGAAGCUAUGGAGGUGGAGCGGUCGUUGCCUGAUAUUGCAUAA